CAUGGAGGAAAACUGAUUCAAUAUGGGUGGAAUGCUGGUCCCUGCCAUGCUCAUGUCUUUGGGCUGGUCUGUAAUGUUAUGAACAAGAAACUUGAGGGCAAGGAGCUGGCUGUUCAGGAUAAGUCCAUCUUGGGAAUCAUGUCUCUAACUUGGAACUUCUUGACUGCACUACUGCCAAUGGAGGUCAUUGAUCCUGUCAGGGAAAAGAUUGCCAUGGCUGGCUUACCUCCUAUGGCUUCACCAGGCAAUGUCAAACAUGUGUGCCUGUAA